AUGAACCAAAAAGAUCUCCAGUAUGAAGCCAAAACCAGCAUUUUCAGAACCUUAUGGGCUAAACCCAACAAAACCACCUCGGCGGACCUCAUCCACCUCUUUAGCGACUGCAUCCGAGCGGCUUCAUCCAGAACAAAGGAGUAUCUGCUCUUCAGGGACCCGGAAAACAAGUUCCACCCAAGUCCUUCAACCCUAAACGAGAUCUUUCUGAUGACCUACAUCCAGCACAGCAGCCUGCUGAAUCUCACCGACACGUUCAACUGCACAGCCAUGACCCAAGAACAGAGGAUCCUACUGGGUGCCCACUGGGUCUGGGCCAUGCUGGAUCAGCCGAGCAAGAACCCCCGAAUCCAGAUCGCGGUCCAGGUUUUUCAUCUACCAGAAAGAACGGAGGAGAAAGUGGAGGAGCUGUCUUUAGAUAUCUACAGCGACAUCAUGCGCAUGGCCGGGAUGGAUGUGGUGGAGAGAACGCAAGCCGAGAGGAUGGUGGAGUUCUGCUCCUCCAUCGGCAGAGAAUGUUACGCGCUUUUUCUCUUCUUUGGUCGGCAAAACGACGAGGGGAACAUUUACGGGCUGCUGAGCAACAAUCUGCAAGCAGCUGUGGGGAAGUGUGUGAGGAUUGAUCAGGUUUUUAUCGAUCACUUCUUCAAAGGUGCGAAAUGCUUUGGCACUCCAAAUGGGAUGUUGCAAGCACUGGUUGGUAAGGAGGGUGACGAACCUCUGACCAUGCUUUAAGUUCACCUAACAGCUGAGCUGUUCUUACUAGAUUUAUUACCUUUUUUGUGGGUUUAUUCUAACGUACUUGGUAACAGAUGCUUUGAAUGCAGCACUGGGUCUGUGUGUUGAUGUUUUCCCAAAACUUUCCAGCCUUAUAACCAGUGUCUGAUGUCUAUCUGCCUCCAGCAAUACUUAACUGUUACUUGAUGCAAUUAAAAUGCAAAAUUAUGUGCAGAAAUAAAUAUUUUUGCUGACAA